AUGGGCAAUCUGAAGCGAGCAGAACCAUCUGUUGUCAAAACGAGGACGGGAAGCGUGUUGUCCAGAGGCUUCAUCUUGAAAACCGAUUAUUACCCGUCUGGCCGAGCCCUUGAUCUCGACCUGAACGUCCAUGGUGCUCCCAACUUCAGGGCAUCACGCAACACAAACGUUUUCGGAGUUGCUCAACCUCGCACACAGGGCCUACGAGCGAUUCUCUCCAUCUUGCGCUGUCGUCCUGGUACUACCAGUCCGUCUCAUGUCGUUUGGUUUUCUACGCGGGAGGAACCGAUUGUGUAUAUAUCAGGACGACCCUUCGUCUUGCGCGAUUCCGCUGAACCAAGAAGAACCCUAUCAUUAUCCGAUCGCGCUGAAAAUCUAGAAGCCAUUGAAGAACGUUUGAAAAACGACAUUUUACAGGAAUCAGCAAAGUAUGGCGGCCUAAUAUUAACUCACAAUGAAUUGCCUGCCGAGAGCGGGGACGGCGCCGUUUUGCCUACCUGGACUCAUGUUGACAAGGUCAACGUAAGAACAUCGCGAGAACUCUGGGACGAAAUGCGUGCAGAUGGAUGGGAUGUAGAGGACAACUACCUAGAUGCGUACCUACGUGUUAUCAAAAACACAGAUCCGGUACGAAGUGCUCUUGUAUUUUCUUGCGGUAUGGGUGCUGUUCGAACUACAUUCGCCAUGGUCGCCGCUGUAAUCGGUUUAGAAGAUCCAUACCCGAGUAGGUCAUCCUUCUUGAGCAAUUUGGGUAACGGAUCCUAUAAGAUGGGCAACGGCAGUCCCGGCUUCAGUACGGCAGCCACUGAUAUCAAACUAGCUCAAGCGCUGGAAAAUGCCAGUGCACAACAGGACCAAAACAAGUCACUUCUAAGAUUGACCUAUGUAUUACAGCGACAUCUCCAUUCGCAGUCUGUGAUUGCCUUGCUCAUGGCGCAACCCACACUCUUGGAGAACUUACGCAAAGCGCACCAAGGCAAUUAUGGAGUGAUACUGAGUCUACUCGGGUGUUUAGAUCACGGCUUACAGGCUAAAAGACUGGUCGACCGUGUAAUCGAUGCAUGUGAUCAUGUCACUAAUCUCCGGGAAGACGUCUUCACAUACAGGGUCAAAUAUUCACUCACAACGGCCGAUAAUGACGAAAGCAAACGAGAAGAUCUUUUAUCUAAGGCUCGGAGUGCGCUGGAGAAAUAUUUCUUCAUGAUCACUUUCGCGAGUUAUGUUGAUUCUGUUGACGACUUUGAGAUGACUUUUUUGGAUUGUCAAAUCAAAUUUCUACGCAAGACAUACGGUUCGAGACUCAAUAUUUUUGCGCCUGUCAACGAUCUUUCUCUCCUGUCGAGAUCAGGAACAGAAGAUAAAUCUCUGGUGGCUGGACAGAAGAAUGAUGUGGAGAUCGCCGGAGGUCAGCUGCUCGGCGAUGAGUAUAGCGACCACGUUGUUAAGAAUCGGAGUGGAAUUAUUUUGCGAGAGAGCACACUUCUCAAGUCGGACCAGUGGCUUUCAGAAUCUCAUCGUGUGUCCGACUCAGUCCGCGGGGCUAUCAACUUCCGUAACAUACCAGGGACUAACAUAUAUGCGAGCGGCCAACCAACUGAAUCCGCAGUCGAUGAGGUGGUGCAUCGUGUGAAAGAGGCGCACCCUGAUGCCAACAAAGUUGUGUGGGUGACAUUGAGAGAAGAGCCCAUUGUAUAUGUCAACGGCGCGCCUUACUGUUUAAGGCGUGAGCGCUUCUCCCUUCGGAACAUGAAAGAUUAUGGAGGAAUUUCUGCAUCGCGACUGGAAGUCUUAGAAGAGCGUCUGAAAGAUGAUGUCCUUGCAGAGCUCGAAGCAUUUGGGGGAAGGUUACUUCUUCACACAGAGACGUCAGAUGGAUCUGUGAUUCCUAUAUGGGAAGAAGUACAGUCCUCGAACAUCGCAGUGCUCAAGGACAUUAUGGCAUCCCGUAAAUCUAGGCAUGGCUUGGAUCUUCAAUAUGUUCGGAUCCCGAUCACAUCAGAGCGUCCUCCUGAUUUCGCAGACAUCAGUGAGCUCAUGGACCUUGUUCUUCGCACAGACUCUUCCCGCACGGUUACGGUCGUCAAUUGCCAACUUGGGCGAGGAAGGAGCACUCUAACUUCCUUGAUUGUCCUCAUUCAACAAUGGCUGAAUGACAGCCGAGCGCUUUCUCAGUGGUCGCCUCGAACGGAGUCUCACUCGUUGUCAAUGUCAAUGACUUCUGAUAUGUUUCAGGAUGAGCCUGGAAAUAAGCGCCAUUCAUAUCAAGUCAUCAAUAGUACGUAUACCACUAAGAUUGAGACAGAUCUCCUUCGAAUCGUCCGGAAAGGUCCUGCAGUUAAGAACACUGUUGACGAGGUCAUUGAUCGAUGUGCGAUCGUCAUGAAUGUUCGAGACUCCAUCGAAGACGAGCGUAUUUUGGCUGAGAAAGCGACUGACGAGAAGCAAAAGCGCAUCCAUGCUUCAAAAGGGAUGCACAAUUUGCGACGCUACUUUGAGCUCAUUUUGUUUCAGGCGUAUCUGCGAUCUACUGAGCCAGAUACGAUGCAGUCAUUUGAGACUUUUAAGAGUUUCAUUGAGAAUCGCCCAGUCAUCAAAACGUUCGAGAAGGAACUCAUUGCGGAAGGCUUGCACGCCCUCAAGCCACUCGAGCGUGCGGAUUUGAAUGAGAGUGUAGCUCAUCCCGACGAAGUCAGGCAGGUGGUAGUAAACCGAUCUGGUAGCAUUCUCUCUGCGUCUACCAUUCUCAAGAGCGACUUCUUCUCCAACCUACAAAAGAUGUCGCUCCCUGAGAGGAUCGAAGGCUCUCCUAAUUUCCGUCGCGUGCCACUGACGUUGAAGCUGGCUUCUUCCCGGGCUUCUUCUCCUAUAGAUCCUGCUGAUGAGAAGAUGUUGUGUGGCAGUUUGCGGCGAGCGCUAGCACGCGUUGAUGCUGAUCCACAAGGUCACAGCAUGGUAUACUGGACAUCCCUGCGAGAGGAACCGGUCCUCUAUAUUGCGGGCCGCCCGCACGUUCUGCGGAUCGUGGAUAAACCACUUGAAAACGUAGAAGCAACUGGGGUCACAACAGCCAUGGUGGAAGCUAUGGAGGAACGUUUAAAGAAGGAUGUUAUACGCGAGGUCAGAAUGGGUAAUGGACGUAUUCUUCUGCAUGAUGAGGUCGAGGAGCGGCCUGGCGUGUUCUCUAUCAUACCCAUAUGGGAGACAGUGGACGAGGAUGAUAUCAUGACCCCAAGAGAUGCUUUCGAUCUCAUGGCUAAGGAAGGGUUCAAGAUCAAUUACGGUCGAGUUGCUAUCACCGACGAACAAGCACCGUUACCUGAUGCUCUGUCGCAGCUACUGGAACGUGUUCGGUCCGGAUAUCCAGAGGCGGACGACUUCAUAUUCAAUUGUCAGAUGGGCCGUGGUCGUACAACCACGGGGAUGGUUACAGCCUGCUUGAUAUCAACGACGAUGAAUUGGCAGGGCGAAGAGAACUACAUUGACGGACAGGAGGAUUCCGACUCCAUUGAAUAUGACUCCAUUGAUGGUCCCUCAGAGGAACAGGCUUACCGGCAAGGAGAGUACAAGACUAUAUUGCAACUUGUCGGCGUUUUGUCUCACGGCAAAAUCGCGAAGCGCCUGACAGACCGUGCCAUUGAUCUUAUGCAAGACGUGCAGAAUCUUCGCAAGUCAAUAUACGACUACAAACUCAAGGUAGAGGCCCUGGAAAAGGGAAGUGCGAAGCAACGGAAGCUGAUGAACGUUGCGGUGAAUUACUUAUAUCGCUAUGGCACCCUGAUUGUGUUUGCUAACUAUCUCAUUGAAAUACGGGAGAUGCAGGGAAGGGAGACAAGAGGGUUUUCAGAUUGGCUUAGAGAACAUAGAGAGAUUGCGAAACUGUUGGGGAGGAGGUCAUUGGACUGA